AUGAAGCGAUCCCAAAGACAAGUCAGUGCUGAAAAGAGCCCAUUUUUUGUUGGUUACGGGGAAAAAAGCAAUAAAACCUCAUGCACACACCGAAAAGAAAGCUUGCUAACUUCAACUCUCCGAAGACAUCUUGUAUUGCACAUACUCCAUUCUCUUGCGGUUCCAAAUUACAAUCAAGUCCUGAAGGUUUCAUCUCCACAUAAGCCUUGUGUUGCUGGGAAUGUCCACCCAGAAUGUGAUUUUAUGACAGAGUGGAAGCAAAAGGAGGCUGAAUGUCUGGAGUAUCCAGAAGAGCAUGGAAAUACAACACCAUCAGGUUGCAAGAGAACUUGGGACAAAUUACUGUGCUGGCCAGAGGCAAAUGCUGGAGAGACUCUUGCUUUACCGUGCCCAAACAUCCUCUUUCACUUCAUGAAGGAGCCAGCUGGAAUAGUAACAAGGAACUGCACAAAGAAAGGCUGGUCUGAUCCAUUCCCUCCCUACCAUAUUGCUUGUCCGGUAGAAGAUGAGAUCCCACUUGAAGAACAGUCCUAUUUUUCUACUAUAAAGAUCAUCUACACCGUAGGAUACAGUGUCUCUAUCACCUCACUCAUUAUUGCUGUGACGGUUCUUAUUGCAUUCAGGAGGCUUCGCUGCCCCAGAAAUUAUAUCCACAUACAGCUCUUUUUUACUUUUAUAUUAAAAGCUAUUGCCAUUUUCAUUAAGGAUGCUGUUCUUUUCCAAAAGGAAGACAUUGAUCAUUGCAGCUUCUCUACAACUGAAUGCAAGAUCUCAGUUGUCUUUUGUCACUACUUCAUGAUGACAAAUUUCAUGUGGCUGCUGGUAGAGGCUCUUUACCUGAACUGUCUACUACUUUCAUCCCUUUCUCAUGGAAGAAGGUAUUUUUGGUGGCUUGUUCUAUUUGGCUGGGGUUUUCCAACGAUUUUCACCCUUAUCUGGAUAUUAACAAAACUCUACUAUGAAGACACAGCAUGCUGGGAUAUUAAUCAAGGCUCUCCAUACUGGUGGCUAAUCAAAGGACCCAUAAUCAUUUCUGUUGGGGUCAAUUUUGUCCUAUUUAUCAAUAUCAUCAGAAUUUUGCUGAAAAAACUAGACCCUAGACAAAUCAACUUCAAUAACUCUUUUCAGUACAGACGUCUCUCAAGGUCAACUCUACUUCUAAUUCCAUUAUUUGGAACCCAUUAUAUUGUCUUCAACUUUCUUCCGGAAUAUACCAGCCUGGGGAUUCGGCUUUACUUAGAACUCUGCAUUGGAUCUUUUCAGGGGUUUAUUGUAGCAGUUCUCUACUGUUUCCUGAACCAAGAGGUCCAAACGGAAAUUGGCCGGAGGUGGCACGGUAAGAGAUAUGGACUUAUGCCAGUGCGGAGGAGGACGAGAUGGACUGUGCCAUCUAGUUCUGGAGUAAAAAUGACCACAUCUGUGUGCUAAAGAUGGCCUCAGGAUCUGGACCAAUCACGUCUAAAAGUCUGAUUAGAAAAUAAAACCAAUAAAACAACAAAGAAGCCAAAAAACUCACCAAGCAUGAUGAUUGCAGUUUAUAUUGAGUAAAGUGGAGGCAGUUCUGCCCACCAGACAUCUUUUUGCUGGACAAGUAUUGCAGCAACAUAUUAAACACUGUCUGGCUGAUCAAAAUGCCCCUUUCAUUGAUAUACUAUGCAUCACAGCAAACACAAAAAUAAACUUUUGUUGGUUUACUUCCUGUGCAUUUUCAUUGAUGAACCAGCAUAAUGUGUACAGGGAGUGGACACCAGUAGUAUCUUUCAGUGACAACAUAGAUGAUCAUCUCUGGAAACUGGUAUUCAGUCCUCAUGCAAUGGGAAAUGGAAUCUAUCCAGCUUGUGCAAGCUUUGUUCCUUGAUCUGAAUCAGUAGAUGUGCAAAAAGGAAGUCAAAUGUCUUGUUGAACUGCAAACCAAUGAUUUAUAUUGUCCUUCUAUAUUGUCUCUUUGGAAGCAAAAGGAUUCAAAGCUCAUAAUAAACCCCAAUACAUUCUCAUAUUCUAGUGUUAACCCAAUAGCUACAAGUUAGAAAGUUUCUGAUAGUAAAGUAGCAGCAAGUAGAGGUGUUGGGAAGGACAAAGCCCCGUAACAUAAUCGUUAAGGAAUAACUGCUCUUUGCAAGUAAAUUAAUAAGAAAACUAAACGUUUGCGCAAAAGAGAAAGAGACCCAUGGGAGAUGGAUUAGGAGAUCGCUAGGAGUACUGCUAAGUAUUUUCUUAUGUGUGACUGUUUUUGCUUUCCAGUGUUGUAAAACAUUCAGAAGCUUGAAAUAAACUUGCAUUCCCAGUGUUUGUACUUGAGGGGUUUGGUUUGAGUGGUUUUCUUUUUUGUUUUGGGGUUGAUGAAUGGAUUGAUGAACUUCUUUGAUGGGAAUAUCAAGACUUGAAGGAAUGAAGAAAGCUAAACUGUACUGAACACUGAGGACUAUCAGACAAAUGCAUUUUCAUGCUGCUCUUCUGGACAUUUCAGUGAGCAGCCAAUCCCACCUAAACAAUGGAAAUUAUAAUAGAGAAAAGUGGAGCUGCCUUUGUUUUUCCUUUGCUGUAUCCGUGUAAUUACAACUAACAUGGACAAGUGGAAUGUGAGAAGAGAAGGCUCAGAGGAGAUCUUACAGCGACCUUCCAGUACCUGAAGAGCGUCUACAGGAAAGCUGGAGAGGGGCUAUUCAUAAAGGCUUGUGGGGAUAGGACCGGGUGGAAUGGGUAUUAAUUGAAGAGGGGCAGAUUUAGACUAGACAGUAGGAAGAAUUUCUUCACAAUGAGAGUGGUGAGACAUUGGAACAGGUUGCCCAGGGAAGUUGUGGCUGCCCCGUCCCUGGAGGUGUUCAAGGCUGGGUUGGAUGGGGCCUCAGGCAGCCUGAUCUAGUGGGAUGUUGCUGCCCAUGGCAGGGGA